GAAUAAGUAAUUAAAGGUACUCAUGGUGAGGUACUGAGACUUCUGUAUGUAGUCAUUACAAUACUGCUUGGUGUUUGUGCUUGUGUCUUGUAGUUCUUGGUAGGUAACAGUAAAUACUGUACAGUAUUCUCAUGAAAAAUUUUUCUUUGAGUAUUGGCAGUCUGUGAACAAUAACAUGAAUAAUUAUUGCCGCUGAAGGUAAUACGCGAAAAUGCAUUCUGCUCAGCUCAGACUAGUUCGACUUAAAAUUAACCGAAAGAAGCGAUAAUCCCUGGAGGAAGAAAGACUGGAGAACGAAAGCGUACUUAACUCAUUGUCAGCUACAGUAACUGCCUGCUGCUUCUUCUCAAUAUAACUAGAUUCCAGCUGAUAAUUCUACUUUCUUGAUAUAAACCGUCAAAGAACUCUGGUUGAGGAAUUGUCGCUCCCAUUUUUCAAGGUUCUCUGGUGGAAUGCUGUGUGGGUACAUUAUUGUAAGCUUGAAUUAUUACUGCACUGAUCUGUGCUAGGUUGUUAUCACUAUUUGAUUGAAUUUGGUUCUUAUUCUGAUGCUGAGAGGAACGAUAACAAGACUUACAAACCUCCUGGAGCUGAAGGCUUGGUCGCCUACAAUCGUUUCCCGGACGAUGGCUUCCGUUCAGCACGACGAAAGAAAGAGGAAGUUUUACAUUCCCACGGGUGCGAAGGACGCGCAUUUAACAUACGAAUUGCCCAGAGAAGGGAUAAUAGAUUUUCAACACACUUUCGUGCCCGAAGAUCUCAGAGGCCAAGGAAUUGCCGCUAAACUGGUGGACCAGGGACUUAGAUAUGCAGCCGCGGAAAAUUUAAAAGUGAAGUUGACUUGUUCAUACACGGAAGACUACGUGAACAAAAACAGAACCAAAAUUUCGUCAGAUCCCUUGCUCGGAAAAAUCGAAUUCUUAUGAUAAACCGACCCGUUCAGCGUUCUCAUCAGUUACAGCAAAGCUUUAUUAGCGCGUCUAUCAACCCUUUUUUACCGUGACGAGGAUGCUGUCCAGUGUGGUAGAGCAGUAAAACCUUCGUUACGCAAUAAAAAUGGUACCAGAA